UGGUCAGGUACGCGCACGUUCGGUAAGCCCCUCCUUCUGAGAAGCCUGGGAAGACCUGGGCCGGUGCGCGCUAUAGUAUCCCUCGUGCUCGCUCCCGCGGCUCCGGACCACUUCAAGAUGGCGGCGCUAAGUGGGGGAUCAGCAGAGGGGCCCUCGUUGCUUAACGGGGACCUGCUGGAGUCCGAGACGGGGGGACUGGGCGGAGCCGGCGAAAUGUCUGUGUCCGGGGGGUAUCCGGAAGAGGUCUGGAAUAUCAAACAAAUGAUAAAGUUAACACAAGAGCACAUAGAAGCCCUGUUGGACAAGUUUGGAGGCGAGCACAACCCCCCAUCAAUAUAUCUAGAGGCCUAUGAAGAAUAUACCAGCAAACUGGAUCUAUUGCAGCAGAGGGAGCAGCAGUUACUGGAGUCUAUGGGCAAUGGAAGCGACUCCUCUUCUUUGUCUUCAGAGCUGACGAUUUCCUCAGUCCCGUCGAAUCUAUCCUUGGCACCUUCAACUCUCUCAGCCCUGCACACCCCCUCUGAUCCCUCCCGCAUCAACCCCAGAUCUCCCCAGAAACCGAUCGUUCGAGUCUUCCUUCCCAACAAGCAGCGCACUGUGGUACCAGCAAGGAGUGGUGUGACAGUGCGAGACAGCUUAAAGAAAGCCCUGAUGAUGCGAGGCUUGAUCCCAGAAUGCUGUGCUGUCUACAGGGUGCAGGAUGGGGAGAAGAAGCCGAUUGGCUGGGACACAGAUAUAAGCUGGAUCACCGGAGAAGAGUUACACGUGGAAGUCUUGGAGAAUGUGCCACUCACAACCCAUAACUUUGUACGGAAAACCUUCUUCACACUCGCUUUCUGUGACUUCUGCCGGAAGCUGCUAUUCCAGGGCUUUCGCUGCCAGACGUGUGGGUACAAGUUCCACCAGCGCUGCAGCACGGAGGUGCCUCUCAUGUGUGUUAACUACGACCGCCUAGAUUUGCUGUUUGUCUCCAAGUUCUUUGAGCACCACCCGAUAUCUCAGGAGGAAGCUCCUUUUGAAGAGUUUGUCCCAGCCGUUGAGUCGUUGACUCCUCCGCCCCCUCCAGAUGCCACAGGCCCUCCCAGUCUACCAAGUGCUUCUCCUUCUAAGUCCAUCCCGAUACCCCAGCCGUUCCGACCCGACGAGGACCACCGGAACCAGUUUGGCCAGCGGGAUCGAUCGUCCUCGGCGCCGAACGUGCACAUAAACACCAUCGAACCGGUCAAUAUAGAUGACUUGAUUCAAGACCCGGGUCUCCAGCGCAUCGAGGGAGCCCCCUCAGUCCAGCCGACGCGCUGCCAUCGGAAAUACCAUUCACGGGAUCCCAGCCCACUCCUUCAUACUCUCCCCAGUGAAAUAGUCUUUGAUUUUGAAUCUGAUCCCGUUUGCAGAGGUUCAACUCCUGGCUUAUCGGCGACCCCACCUGCCUCCCUCCCCGGCUCCCUCGCCAACGUCAAGGCCCUACAGAAAUCCCCAGGCCAGCAAAGAGAGCGCAAGUCCUCCUCGUCCUCAAUGGAAGACAGGAGUCGAAUGAAAACGCUUGGACGUCGCGACUCCAGUGACGACUGGGAGAUUCCUGAUGGGCAAAUCACAGUUGGGCAGAGAAUAGGUUCUGGAUCUUUUGGGACAGUAUAUAAGGGAAAGUGGCAUGGGGACGUAGCGGUGAAAAUAUUGAAUGUAACGGCUCCAACGCCUCAGCAGCUACAGGCCUUUAAAAAUGAAGUUGGAGUCCUCCGAAAAACACGACACGUGAACAUCCUGCUUUUCAUGGGCUACUCCACGAAGCCCCAACUGGCAAUAGUGACCCAGUGGUGCGAGGGCUCCAGUCUCUAUCACCAUCUGCACAUCAUCGAGACCAAAUUUGAGAUGAUUAAACUUAUCGACAUUGCACGGCAGACGGCACAGGGCAUGGACUAUUUGCACGCAAAGUCCAUCAUUCACAGAGACCUGAAGAGCAAUAAUAUAUUCCUUCAUGAAGACCUCACGGUGAAGAUCGGUGACUUUGGUUUGGCGACGGUGAAGUCCCGGUGGAGUGGCUCUCAUCAGUUUGAGCAGUUAUCCGGCUCCAUUCUGUGGAUGGCUCCGGAGGUCAUUCGGAUGCAAGAUAACAACCCGUACAGCUUUCAGUCCGACGUCUACGCCUUUGGCAUUGUUCUGUACGAAUUAAUGACAGGGCAGUUGCCCUACUCGAAUAUCAACAACAGAGACCAGAUCAUAUUUAUGGUCGGCAGAGGCUACUUAUCUCCAGACUUCAGCAAAGUUAGGAGUAAUUGUCCCAAAGCAAUGAAGCGGUUAAUAGCAGACUGCCUGAAGAAGAAGAGAGAUGAACGGCCCCUAUUCCCACAGAUUCUCGCCUCCAUUGAACUGCUGGCCCGGUCAUUGCCAAAAAUCCACCGCAGUGCGUCUGAGCCGUCCUUGAACCGGGCCGGAUUCCAGACAGAAGACUUCAGUCUGUACACGUGUGCUUCUCCCAAAACUCCUAUCCAGGGCGGAGCUUAUGGAGAAUUUACAGCCUUCAAGUAACUGCACAGCCACUGCGAGCACCUCUGUCCUUCCUUAAGUCUUGUGUUCCUCUAGUUUCUUAGCACUGGAAGUAAAUACAGAAAUAAGCAGAUAAUCCAUCCGUGUUUUAAAGGGAAGCAGCACCGACCAAUCGGCGAAGGAGGGGAGGGAUAAGGGACCAAUCCAUCACUCCUGGAAUUAACCCAACUCUGCUUGGUCACCGGCAUGGAGCGGGCAUGGCCUUUUAUGGGGCUUUUAUUCCUUGGAUCUUCUGACUAAUCAGGGGGUUUGCCUUCCAUUCGGAAUCCAUGCACCAAUCGGCAUUGGGAAGAGCUGAUCCAAUCAUCCUUAAUUUUUUUUAAAAAAAAAAUUUUCUAAUCUCUAAUGCUGGAUCUUCUUGGUCACAGACCCAACUAUUCGGUCCCUAAAACUCUUGGCCCAGUGUUUCGGCAUGGGGAGUGCUGCAGGUCCAUGGUUGGUAAUCUUGGGUCUCCAUUUGUGGCUGGACGGAAGAUCCAAUGUUGAAGAAUGCUGGGAUAGAUGUUAGGGUUGCUGGUUUGAGAAGCUGGACAAAGAGAUGAGGUGGUUGUUUUGGGGGGGGGGGGGUAAAGCUCUGAUUUCAUCGUCUGAGACCCGAAAAGGCAGCUUUGAUCCAGAGGGCUCCUAGACAAACCCCAAAGAGAUGGCAGCCAUAAUUGGAUUGUAGUCCUGCCACAUCUGGGGACCCAAGGCUAAGAAACGAUGAAGGCCCUGCCAUUGGUUAUUAUAGAUUCUUGUUUAAUAUAUGUUGCUUUUAUUGCGUCCUCCAGGGGGCGCUAUUCAACAGCAGAGGGAGAUGCUUUCUACAUUAUUUUGCAAUAACCGCUUCCAGAAACGGCAGAUUCCCUGAUUCAAAUGGAAGGGAUUAAACCUGUCCUUUCCGAUUGGCCGUUUAUUCCAACCUGUGCCAGAAACCAGCAAAGCCUAUUGGCCGAGAUUCUUCAUUUCAUUUUGGUUUAGACUUUGAUUUUAUUUUUCUGGUUCUCUGGAGCCUCCUCUUUCAGCGACUCUACUAGGAGACGAUGUGGGACCUCUCCUUCUUCACGCUUCUCUCGCCCUUUCCAAGCACUGGGGGACCUGCAUGGAUCUGAAUGGAACAUCUGCUUUGUUUCCAAGUGCACGUCUUACCCUUGUUCGGGAGCACAAUUCUGUAACAUUCCCCAAUCCGGUUGGUUUUAUUUGAUGUCCAGACAAAAUGCACUUGAUGAUCACAAACUUGAAAAAUGUACCACCCCCCAAAAACCACAGCUUUGAUACCAGAGGGCCCCGAGAUGUGCUACACGCAUGUUCCAAGUCUCCGUGCUCUAGUUUGGUUGUGUUUCCCAAUAUUACAAAUCCAGCUACUGAAGUUUGGGUUGGAGCCCACUGUGCAAAGUGGAGAACCCUCCGUCACUGGUUCUGCUUGAUUGCGUUGUUCUGAUAUAACGCAACACAAAGCUGGCCAUGCACGGGAAGAUCUGAGCUCACCAAACGAUUGAUUUGCCCACCAAAAUGCCGGUCCAGUGAGGUCCAUGAUCUGAUGGUGGUCCUCAGCCAAUGAGACUUGAAGGGCCCCGUCUUCGAUAUCAAUUGGGGAGGGACGUUACCAUAGGCUGUUGAUCCUGUGAUGCGUUGGUAAGUCAGCAGCCAAUGUGUGAUUGCGUAUGGGCACCAGGAGUCAAUAUUGUUGGUAACAUUCCAAUGCUCUAAGGUUGACCAUUCUUUGUGCUGAUCUUCCACCAUGAAGCCACCGAGGUACCACCACCAUGAUGGUGAAUAUAGGGCACUAGCAGCAUGACAGUUCCCACUCAUUGUAUUACAUAACGGAGGCUGCUGGGGUUAAAGUUCUACCUUACCUCCCUAAUUUAAAUAUUAGGCCACACCCCUAACUGACUAAACCACACCCAUUACAGCAAGACCCAUUCCUUUUUAUGGUCUUAACCAUCCUCAACCUUCCCCUCUAGUACUACAGAUCAUUGAGGGGUAUGGUGGAACAACAGCCCCCAAUUUGCCCCAUUUUUAACUCUGAACAUCCCUCCCAGGAGGAUGCUGGGAGUUGCAGUUAAGGUGGCACGUAGCAAGGCUGUAUUUGUGUUUGUAGAGAAACCUAUUUAUUUAAUUUAUUCGGCAGUGUCAAUGUUGGACCAGUCUGUACUUGUGUGUUUGUGUGGAAUCGAUGUGUGAGUUGGGGACCCCCACUGUGACGCCUCUGUUUCACCCCCCUUUAUCACCGGCACCUUUUCUACUGUGACUAUCCUCUUCCUCUGAGGGUAUCCGGCAGUUCUAUACAGGUAACAGACCUACCAGGCAGCCCUCUUAAAGGAUAAGUAAACCUUAAAAAUAAGUGAAUGUACUUCUGCAUUGUACAUUCAUUAUUUAUUCUUUUUCAAUUCCAAGAUAUU